AGGCAAGACUGGAUUAGUUUUAUUAUGGCGACUUGAGUAGUUGCACGCAUGAAGUUCAAAUAUCGCCAAAUGUAAACGUGUAUAACAAAUAAAAAUAAUAAGUACGGGUUGUGAUAGAAGCAAUAAUAAACAAUAUGGAGUUCACUAAAGAAGAGUGCAUAGCGUUUAUAGAUAAUGUAAGACAAAACGAAUUACUAUACAACCCGAAGCACGAAUUUUAUAAGAACAGAACUGAAAGAGAAGAAGCUUGGAAUUGUAUUGCAGGUGUUAUAAACAAACCAGUUACGGUUUGUAAAAGGAAAUGGAGACAUCUGCGGGAUCAUUUUCUUAGAGGUCAUGUUAAACGAGGGAAUGCUAUGCGGACUUGGGCCUAUUAUGAGGCGCUAAGUUUUUUGGAGUUCCUUAGACCCUCUAAGACAUCAGAUGGAAAACAGGAGGAAGGGGAAGACGACGAUGACGUCUUCUCAGAAACGGAAGAAAGCCAAGCAAAAAGAUUAAAAACUAGUCCCAAUGAUCCUUACUCUUAUGACAACAAUAACGAAGACGGUCUCAUACCCGUCAGAGUUAUAACUGAAGACAACGUCGUGGACGAUCUUAGUAUAGAAGAGAUACAUAACGAUCGGGACACAGACAUGUUCAUGGUUGAAAUUUCGAAUAGGAUAAAAAGACUACCUCAUCAGUUGCAAGAUAUCGCUAAAGUGAAUAUACUAGCUCAUAUAACAGAGUUGGAGUUACAGAACGAACAGUGUUAAUGUUAUGUUAGGUCAGAGAUAUUUUUAUAAGUUACCAGGUAUUAUAGAUAAUUUAUUACACUAAAAAUAAAUUAGAAGUGUAUGUAAGUAUUGAUAGAACCUCGAUUAUAGUUGCCUUUAUAAUAAGAUAGACCCUAUCUCAUUUUAUGGGUAAUACAUAGUAUCCGUUUCA